GGCCCGAUCGCCGCUCGGAUGGCUAGAAAUUUAUGUAAAUGCAUGGAUGAAGACCCUGAACUUGAAGCGAUUCGCUGGAGAAUGGCGGACGCGGACCCCACCAAAGCACCUCGCUUCAGUCUGUUGUUGAGCGAAACGGAGAGCGGUCGAAGAUCGUGCUAGAAUUUAAAGAUAAUAGUUAAUCAGGAAACCAUGUACAAGUCGUGCUCUUACUUGCUGCUCGUCUCAAUGCUGGCUGUGAUUGCUGCCGGUACGCAGAGUCGGGAAUAUUUGCCACGCCGCCAGCCCCAGGCGUACUUCUACUCGACACCGACUCCUCCCGGCACCAUGGCAGCCUUACGGCGGAUUAUUCAAGGCCAUUUGCAUCGCUUCCAGCAGGCUGACAGCGCACAGUUCUCGCGUCGAGCCCUCAAUCACCAGGCCAAAACGGAAGUGGGCUCCAAGACGAUGCAGUUGUUGGUCUACCGCAUGCCUGCCGCUUCGGAGAACAUACUGGACUACGCCCUGCCACCGAAUACGCCGACACCAAAGAACUAUGCACAGAAUUUCCUACCCGACGGGAAGGAUGUCGUACCCGGAAGCUCUUACAUACCGCUGCGAUUACUCUUGAUACGACGCUGAGGCUGCGGCUGAGGCUAAUGCUGUGUUGUUGUCGCGUUGUCGGCGGCGGCACCGUGUGUUGUUCAAACGAGUUCGGUUCGGAUUCGGCUUCUGGCUGGGCUGUUCUGUGAUGUGGAAUGCCGUAGCCGCGAAUCGCAGCGGAGGCAGCCAGUAGAUGAGGCUAAUAUGUUUUAAUCUUACUGGUUCUUAUAGUAUAUAACUUAACGAUAUUUUAAUUCUUUGUUUUAAGGCCAGUGCUGGCAUUUAAGUGCGACAAUCUAAUUUAAGUCAAAACCAAACAUCCACGAGAUCCACGCAUCUUCCCCUCACACUCCAUGACUAUGAGUUA